AUGCGGGCUGGGAAGGUCUUUCUUUCAGUUCUAGCAGCUUCUGCGGCGUCAGGUUCACCUCUCACUAAACGGCAAUUUGCCUAUGGGUCAACACCGGUGCGAGGCGUCAACAUUGGAGGCUGGCUCGUGCUUGAGCCUUGGAUCACGCCAUCCAUCUUUGAACAGUUUGGCAACAGCGUCGUUGACGAAUAUACCCUCUGCCAGCAGGCCUCCAACGCCGAAGAGAUCCUGCGCAGUCACUGGGAUAGCUGGGUAUCUAUAGGUGAUUUUCAGAAAAUUGCCAGCAACGGCUUCAACUUGGUGCGCAUUCCUAUAGGGUACUGGGCUUUCCAGAAAUAUGAGCAAGACCCGUACAUCCAAGGCGCUGAGGAUUACCUCGACGCGGCCAUUAGCUGGGCUCGACAGACCGGCUUGAAGGUCUGGAUUGAUCUCCAUGGCGCACCACUGUCACAAAAUGGCUAUGAUAACUCCGGCCAGCGCACCUCAACCCCUGGUUGGACGACCCGGGAUUCUAUCGAUGCCACGCUUGGAGUGAUUUCUCAGAUCUCGCAGAAGUAUGGAACUUCAGACUACGCUGAUGUGGUUGCCGGUAUUGAACUGUUGAAUGAGCCCUACAUGGCAGGUCUGUCAGGCGGAAGAUCAGCAACUCAAGGGUACUACCAAUCAGGCUUCGAUAUAGUCCGAGGUUCUGGGCAGACUCCAGUGAUCAUUCAUGACGGAUUCAGUGAUCCUUCCGAAUGGAACGGCUUCCUGACUGGCCAAGGAACCUCAGGGGCCAUUAUCGACCACCACGAAUAUCAAGCUUUCACCAACGAGUUUGUGGCAAUGUCGCCGCAGGAACAUGUGGACUACGUCUACUCGAAUGCCAACAAAUGGGCUCAAGGCUUUGAUAAGUUUGUCAUCUGUGGCGAAUGGUCAGCCGCCAUGACCGAUUGCGCUCCUGCUCUCAAUGGCUGGGGAGUCGGCGCUCGAUAUGACGGAUCAUAUUCCAAACCCUACGAUUCAUCGACCUACGUGGGCUCAUGUACAAACAUCAAUUCCAUCGAUCAAUGGAGCAGCGAUCAAAGAUCCGCAACGACCAAUUACAUCAACGCUCAAAUCAAUGUGUUUGAGUCCAAGGUUCAAGGCUGGAUCUUCUGGAACUUCAAGACCGAAAAUGCUCCUGAAUGGGAUUUGUUCCGUCUGAUCGACAACGGUAUCUGGCCUUCGAGAUAG